AUGGGCGAUCUGUGGGUCGAAGUCCGCACAGGAGAGAAGAGGUACUACUGGAACGCCACCAACAAUGUGGACGUUCUUUGGGAUCCUCCUCCAGGUGUAAGGGUGAUUUGGGCAGCAGAGAAGCAUCCCGAAACCGGCAAGACGUACUACUGGAACAAGGAGACCAGUGAGAGCGUUUGGACACUUCCGACCCAGAAGCAUGAAGGUGCAGGUUCACCAGAGAACCAGCCACAGCCAUCUACACCUGGCACUGUGGGUGGCUUGAGACAGAGGCAAGAAAGAUGGGCAGAUGUGCGAGACGGUCUCGCUAUGGAUCGCUUGGAAGAUUUCGCGCCAGAACCUUCAGCUGGGCAGAGGAUCCUUGGCUCACUACAUGGUAGACCAGGUCCCGGUGGUCCCAGUGGUUGUGGCUGUGGUCCGUGCCCAAUGGGCCCCAGACCCAUCAGCUCCACCUUCGGUCCCAGCCCCAGCGGCUUCGGUGCCUUCCAACCGCCGCGUGGAUGUGGGGCCUUCGGUGGCUGCGGCGGCUGCGAUGGAUGUGGCUAUGGACCUGGACCCGGACCCAGUGGACCCAGUGGACCCAGUGGACCCAGUGGACGGGGCCAAAGCUAUGGAGCCAGAGCUGAUGCCUUCGCAGUUGGCUAUGACAGCUAUGAUGGCUUCGGAGCCAGAAAUGCCUUUGGAGGAGGCAUUGAGGCUCGUGAAGAGCCUCCAUGGUGGAAAGGUGAGAACAAUGGUGAGUGGUGGUCGCAGUGCCGGCAGCGCUUUCUCUAUGAGGUCGGAGCCGUGAGAGGUGUUCGCAGAGCAUCAAGAGAUGUUUGGGAGAUGCUUCCAGAAGAAGUUGAUCAGCGUAGAAUGGCAUUGUUGGAGUUUGAGUCAUCUACAAGUGCAGCUUCAGUGUUUCCCGCUGACUUUUGCGUAGCUGGCGUUGAUCCUGAUGGUCCGCGAUCCACAGCAACGGUCAGUCCAGGUUUCCUGGUGGCGGCUUUUGCUGACAGCCCCUAUGAUGUCUCGGAUGCCCUGUGGAAUUUGACGCAUUCUUGGUGGGCCCUAGUCAAGGCAACGACCCGCCUGGUGACACUUGUCUUUGUGACUGGCCUGGGUGAGCGCGGCGAGGUGCCCGAGCUUCGAUGGUCCUUGGUGUUGAAGAUUGCUGGAGCUGAGACUAAGACACGUUUUAUGAUGAUGAUUAAGGGAGGAGACAAAGGUGGAAAGAAUUCUCCCAUGCCAUCAUCUUCAGUUAUGAGUGGUCAGGAGACGCCUGAAGCAAGGUCCGAAGUGUACAAGAAUCCGGAUGCGGCUGGGGCAGCUGAGGAGGUUCCGCCAGAUGAUGAGGAGGUGCAUCAAGCCACUCCAAAGUCAAAGAUUGGCAUGGAAACCCCGAAAGAAGGCAGCAAGAAAGGCGAUGACAAGGACGACCCUACCAAGGGCAAAUUUGCCAGCAAGGUUGCCCAGAACCGUCUGAAGAAGGGCAAAGAGAAGACCAAGGGUGCCAAGACCAAGGGCGCCAAAAACAAGGACAAGGACAAGGGCAAGACGAAGUCUGCAAAGAAGAAGGAUGAAAAGAAUACAAAGAAGGAUGACAAGAAUACAAAGAAGGAUGACAAAAAGGGCAAGAAGAACCAGCCAGACAAGCACCCCAAGGGCACGAAGACGGAUGGUAAAUACAUCAAGCCAGGAAAGCGCACGAAGGAUGGCACUGAUCUGGAGGGUGAAGUGACUCCUGUCACGGUCGACAAGGGAAAAGAACGAACUCGUCUGAGAACAACAAAGAGAGGGAAGCUGACUCAGGUGAAGCAUGCAAAGAACAAGCCAGCGAGCUCUCGUCGUGCAGGCUGCAUCUUCCCAGUGGCUCGGAUCCAUCGCUUCCUCAAGGGCUAUGCAACUGCCAAGUGUCGUGUUGGUGGCUCUGCUGGUAUCUUUACGGCAGCAGUCAUGGAAUACCUAGCAGCAGAGGUGCUGGAGCUUGCAGGCAACGUUGCUGCGGACUACCAUGUGAAGCGCAUCACGCCAAGGCAUUUGCAGAUUGCCAUUCGUGGGGACGAGGAGCUGGCAAGUCUCGUGAAGGCUACCAUUGCUGGAGGAGGUGUUGUGCCCAACAUCAACAAGGCUUUGUUCCCAGGUGUCCGUCUCAAAGAGUCUGAGAAGUACAGUGUCAAGCCAUCGAGCCGUCGAGCUCGAGGUGUGGAGCCUGGGGAUGAUGCAUCUGUGAGUGGCGCUGUCUCGACAGGAGCUUCCAGCACAGGUGCCAAGAGUGUGCGUCACACUUCACCUCCGACCUCCCCUGUGGAUGCCGAUGAGGAGACCAGCUUCCUGGAGCUGCAGCGUCGUUGUCUCAUGCAGUCUCCUGCACCAAUCAUGUUUGCGGCGCAACGCCUCACCAAUGCAGGCAAGCGGCCGCGCCUCUUAGGAGGAUGGCAAGUCUCCAAAGCACACCGCGACCAGGCCAAUGAAUGGCUGCACCCUGGGAGUUGGUGGCCAAGAAGCGGAGGCCACAACUGGGGACCCAAAGCGGCCCCUCGCGAGCGCGGAGGAGGACGGCGAGCUCAUGCUGCUGAAAACUACGACUAUGAGGGCUGGGAAGACGAAGCCUGGGAGAGCUGGGAUGGGGACACCGAGGACGCUUUGGUGGAGAGCGUUACCACUUUUCUUGGAGAUGGCCCCAAAGAGGUUCAAGAGCUUGCAUCCCUCUUUGCGGGGCGCUUUAAUGCAGUGGUGCGCGCAGACCCCAGAAGUGGAUUCAGCAUGGAGAAGAAAAACGAUGGCAGCUUCAAAAGGUGGCUGCUUGGAGUUGGCUUCGAGGCAAGUGCACUCUUCGACCGCAACAAGUGCAUGAUUUCCGUCCCACACGCGAAGCGGACCACCCGUGGAACGAGAGGUGGGAGAAAGAACCGUGGUGCUGACCGAGGUACCAAUUCAGACGGUGAGCAGGAUGGAAUCUUCGAUCCUCCAUAUGGAUUGAAUUCUCCAGAGGCCUUUGAUUUGGAGGAAGAAGUCCUGUCUCAUCUGCGAGAGCAUGGAGAUUGCGACAUGGGAGCCUUACGGCAGGUAAAUGACCUGGGAAGACGCUUCAACGAGGUCUUCUUUCACAAGUCAAAGGUCAAUGAUGGUUCUUGGAAGAAAUGGUUGGUGUCCAUGAGUGCGGUUGAAGUAGUUUGUGAUCCAAAGGUAGCUGCCUUUCAUGGCAACAAGCCCACGGUUGUUCGACUUAAGUGAGUUGCCAGCUGGUUCACCUGUUCAGAGCCCGCGACCGGGAAAA